CCCACCCUCGGUGCCGCGUUCAGAUCCCGUGCUGGUCUGGCUCCAGGUCCCAACCACGUCCCCGCAAGAGGAAAGCCAGAACUCUGCCGGCUACCGGGAGCCACGACCACCUCCCUGCCGGCACCCUCACUUCCCGCCGUCUCUUAGGGGCUUCCAAGGCGAGUCACGGAGUCCCUUUCGCCGGAAGCGGAAGUGCGUGUCGGCGGGAUCAUGGCGACGUUUGCGGACUUGCCGGACUCUGUCCUGUUGGAGAUCUUCUCUUACCUCCCGGUUCGGGACAGGAUCCGCAUCUCCAGGGUCUGUCACCGCUGGAAGAGGCUGGUGGACGACCGGUGGCUGUGGCGACAUGUCGACCUGACGCUCUACACGAUGCGGCCUAAAGUCAUGUGGCACCUCCUUCGCCGGUACAUGGCAUCCCGGCUCCAUUCCCUGCGGAUGGGCGGCUACCUGUUCUCGGGCUCCCAGGCUCCCCAGCUGUCCCCCGCCCUGAUGAGGGCCCUGGGCCAGAAGUGCCCCAACCUCAAGCGCCUCUGCCUGCACGUGGCCAACCUGAGCAUGGUGCCCAUCACCAGCCUCCCCUGCACCCUGAGGACCCUGGAGCUGCACAGCUGUGAGAUCUCCAUGGCCUGGCUCCUCAAAGAGCAGGACCCCACCGUGCUGCCCCUGCUCGAGUGCAUCGUGCUGGACCGCGUCCCCGCCUUCCGCGACGAGCACCUGCAGGGCCUGACGCGCUUCCGCGCGCUGCGCUCGCUGGUGCUGGGCGGCACCUACCGGGUGACCGAGACCGGGCUGGAUAUGGGCCUGCAGGAGCUGAGCUACCUGCAGAGGCUGGAGGUGCUGGGCUGCACCCUCUCGGCCGACAGCACCCUCCUGGCCGUCAGCCGCCACCUCCGAGAUGUGCGGAAGAUCCGGCUGACCGUGAGGGGCCUCUCGGCCCCUGGCCUGUCGGUCCUGGAGGGCAUGCCGGCCCUGGAGAGUCUGUGCCUGCUGGGACCGCUCAUCACCCCAGAAAUGCCUUCCCCGCAUGAAAUCCUCUCCUCCUGCCUCACCAUGCCCAAGCUCAGGGUCCUUGAGCUGCAGGGGCUGGGCUGGGAGGGUCAGGAGGCGGAGAGGAUCCUGUCUAAGGGGCUACCCCACUGUAUGGUCAUUGUCAGGGCCUGUCCCAAAGAGUCCAUGGACUGGUGGAUGUGACCGUGCCAGCCGACCCUGAGACCCCUCUCAGCUUUUAUUAAUGAGUCCCAGACCCUCUGAGCAGCACCUUACCAUGGGCAGGUAAUCAGGCUGGAGAGGUAUGAAGGCCACAGGUAGGGAGAACCCAAGCCUUGGCUCCUUCAGAUCAUUGGAAUCAUGGUUUGCCAGCUGUGUGGCCUCUGUGACAUCAGCCAGCCUCUCGGAGGCCCUGUCCUCACCUCCAGAAAUGAGGAAGACCAUAGCUACCUCUCGGUUAUGUUGCAAAGCCUUACUCUUUACUACCAGCCCUGAGGUCCGAGAAGGUCCUCGAUGAAGAGCCAUUCUCAGGAACAGGACAGAUGUGGAAGGGUGGGUUAGGAGUUAGGGAGACCUGAGGGGCCAAGGCCCCUUAGGAAGCCUAGAAGGGCUGUCAACGCACGUGCACCAGCACACUGACACAUCAUUGACAUGCCGACACACCAGUGACACGCCGACACACCAUUGAUAGUCCUACAUGCACGCAGGAGACACGGAGAGAAGGGCAGAUACAACUCAUGCUUUGAUGAUCGAAAUGUUAAUAAAGGUUCUCAGUUGUCCUUUCA